ACUUAAGAUCAAAAGACUUAAAAUCAAAACACUCUUGGGAGCUGUUCAAGGCUCAGAUUAAAAGGGAUUUUUCCAAUAAAUUUAAACGCCACUUCUCGCGAGACGUUACUGGCCACCUCGCGAGACCUUAGCCCCUGGUUUUAAAAUUCCUCUUCUCUUCCGCGUCUGCCCCCGCGUCUGCUUGUGAGGCAGUAAUGGAGAAAAUGGAGCCUGAGGAAGAAAUACCUGAGAUGGCUGGCGUGAUGCUGUGUGAACCGACGGAACUGUAUAAUAUGCUGAACCAGGCCACAAGGAUAUCUAGACUGGCAGAGCAAAAUUAUCUGUAUCUAUUGGAUGCUCGGACGAAACGGGAGUACAAUGAAAGCCACUUAGUCACGGCAAUCAGAGUCAAACAAAACCUUCUGGGCAAAUACCUUGUUCCUGAAUCGAUCAACCUGCAAUGCGUCAAACACUGCGUGGUGUAUGAUGGCAAGACAGACAGUGUGGAGGCCGCUUUUGACAUGGAUUACGAUGUGUACGACGUGGAUAAAGAUUUAAAAGAGUAUGGGGAGCCGGACAUCAUGGAACUCACACGCAAAGGAUCACCUAAACUAAACGCGAAGGAAGGUUCUGCAGCCCGUUGUGCCCGCGUCAUGCAGCGGCAUACCUGCUUUCCGGUCAUGGUCCUGAGAGGUGGCUACGAACUCUUCACCCGCUCUUACCACUUCCUCAGGACCCAGAAGAUAUUCUGGAUGCCUCGGGAACUCGAGGACUUUAAGCCCUACCCAGUGGAGAUCCUGCCUGCUAAGCUCUAUAUGGGAAAUUACAAGCAAGCCUGUGACAAGCAGAUACAGAAGGACCUGAAAAUCCGAGCCCAGCUCAAUGUCUCCGAGGAGGUUGGGACCUUUUUUCUGGAAGACCCCGACAGGCUGCUUCACAUCCCCAUUCCGGAUUCCCCUGAGGCCGAUCUGUCCUCCUUCUUCAUCCAGAUCUGUCACUUCAUUGAUCAGCACCUCCAUCAAGAAGCAGUCUUGGUCUUCUCCACUUUGGGCAUCAGCAGGAGCAGCACUGCAGUUAUGGCUUAUCUCAUGCAUUCAUGCCGGCUCCACUUGAAGAGCGCUUGGAAUUACGUCCAGAAGUGUAAGGACAACAUGCGUCCGAAUCGGGGCUUUGUCAACCAGCUGUCGGAGUGGGAGCAGCGCCUCUACAUAGCUAGGCUCACAGAUACCUCUGAGCCCAAUUACUGACCGGCAGCAGCUGCUAAGAAGGGUGCUUAGGAGGGGCAGGAUGGGGGUCGCUGGGUGCAGAGGGAAGAGACACGCAACGAAUGAAAAAAGUCAUUUUUAAAAAAAUGAUAAUACCUGUCAUUCAUCACUGUUGUGUUUCCUGUCUGUCACAAGUUGUUCAAUAACAUACAAUAAUAUAUGUUUAUUUAGCUUGAGGAAAAAGUAUUUGUGUUUUUAAAAAAAACUAUUUUUGUUUUGCUUUCGUUUUUCUUUUGCUUUCUUUCUUUUGCUUUCUUUUGUUCUUUGCUUUCUGUGUUUUUUAAAAAAAACAAAAUACAUGUAGAAAACCAGGAAAAUAAAACCUGAUUCCUACAAUU